UAUUUUUCGCAUAGAGGAAUUAAGAACACUGUACAAACAGAGGGUGAGAAAGGAGAGAAAUGGAGGAAGCAAAAGGAGUAGUGAAACACAUAGUCAUCGGAAAAUUCAAGGAUGACAUCACUCCACAGCGAAUUGAGGAACUCAUCAAGGCCUAUGCCAAUCUCGUCAAUCUCAUCCCACCCAUGAAGUCAUUCCAAUGGGGCAAUGAUGUAAGUGCUGAAAACCUCCAUCAGGGUUUCACUCAUGUCUUUGAAUCAACCUUUGAGAGCACAGAAGGCGUUGCAGAGUAUGUAGCUCAUCCUGCACAUGUGGAAUAUGCAAAUUUGCUCCUUCCCAGCUUGGAGAAAGUCAUUGUGAUUGACUAUAAACCUACCAUCGUUAAAUUUUGAUUGGAAGAAGGGAUGGGAGUCGUUGAAUGUUAGUGUUGUGAUAAAAAUAAAUUUGGAUUCCUCUCUAAACAACACUGCAAUGCUCCCCUUGUCAUAUGUUGAGUGUUAUUCUCUGUUGUUUUGAUAAUUCUAAGACCAUAAUGAAUCAUUAAAUCAUUCCAAGGUUUGAAAUCAACAAUCAAUUACCUUUAAUUUUACCCAAAUUAGUUUAAAAUGAUCAAUCUGUAUUGUUGAUUUGUGAUUAGGAAAUUGGGGCACAUCACUAAAAAUUUAAUGAAACGAGGU